AUGGUCUCUUCCCCGAUCCCUCCAAAUAUAUGCACAAACAUCACGCAAAAUAUCGGUUCUGGAGCAUGUGGCUUCAAUAGCUACUGUGCUCUUAGAGAAGAUCACGUUGAUCAUAGGCCCCAGUGCCUCUGCCCACUCGGAUAUACUCCAUUAGAUUCAGCAAAUGAGAUGAGCGGAUGCAGACAGGACUUCGUACUCCAGAGUUGUGAUGGAAGUAGGCCGGAAACAGACCAGUUCACUUUCCGGGAAAUGCUCAAUAUAAAGUGGCCACUAACUUGCUGGAAAAAGAUCCCUCUAUCCAAUGGAAGGAUGGAUCAAAGUGAUACUAGUCAGGGUGGAAAAGCUCUGAUCAAGAUCAACCAAGUUACAAGCACACAGACUUACACUUAUCAGGAGCUUCAAGAAGCGACGGAUGGAUUCAAAGAAGAACUAGGUAGGGGUGCCUUUGGAGCAGUGUACAAAGGUGUUCUUGGAUCCGAGGAUACCAACUUUGUGGCAUUGCUUGGAUUCUGCAAUGAAGGUCAACACCAACUACUGGUGUAUGAAUUCAUGAGCAACGGCUCAUUGGCAGAUUUUCUUUUGGCUCUUCAAGGCCCAGCUGAUUUUGGAUUAGCUAAGCUCUUGAUGGCGAACCAAACACGAACCACCACUAGAGUUAGAGGAACCAGAGGUUAUUUAGCGCCAGAAUGGUUCAGGAAUAUGCCUAUUUCUAACAAAGUAGAUGUUUACAGCUUUGGCAUUUUGUUGGUUGAGCUUAUUUGCUGCAGAAAGAACUAUGAGCUGGAAGAAGAAAUUGAAGCUCAAAUUGUAAUGGUCGACUGGGUUUAUAACUGCUACCAUGACAGGAGCGUGCUUCAGCUAGUGGAGAGCGAUGAGGAGGCAUCAAGGGACAUAAAGAUGGAGAAAAGAUUUGUGAUGAUAGCAUUGCAUUGA